GGAGCGGCGUGGAGCGGAAGUUGUUGGCUGCUUCUGUUACUGCAGCAAGUGCAGGCAGCUUUUAGCAGGCUAAUACGCCUCUCAACGUCUUUUGGAUGUUUGUCAUUGGAAGGGAAUAAUAUGAAAACGGUCGAAAUGUGUAAAAGAUGAAGCCGGCAUGUCCAGGGAAAUGAUUUUCACCGGCAUCGCCUCUGAAGAAGAGGAUAAGUUAACGUAAAGAAAACCCGGAAGUGUUGGUGAAGCUUCCAGCAGCCACAGACACAAUGAGUGCCAAAUAUGGCCUGGUGGGCUACAACAGUUCACGGAAGAACAUUUCAAUCUCCAUCCCGUCGUCCACGGAGGUGAUGUCACCCCACAUAAAGUCUGUGGAGGAGCUGAGGGUCCUGGGAAUCAACCUCAGCAGCUUCAGUUCCCCCACACAGUUCUUCAUCUGUGUGGCUGGAGUCUUCCUCUUUUACCUCAUCUAUGGAUACCUGCAGGAGUUGAUAUUUUCCGUGGAAGGAUUCAAGCCUUUUGGUUGGUACCUCACUCUGGUCCAGUUUGGCUUCUACUCCAUGUUUGGGCUAGUGGAGCUUCAGCUCACACAGGACAAACGCAGAAGGAUACCAGGGAAGACCUAUAUGAUCAUAGCAUUUCUAACAGUGGGUACUAUGGGCUUGUCCAAUACCUCUCUGGGCUACUUGAACUACCCUACACAGGUCAUCUUCAAGUGCUGUAAACUCAUCCCAGUCAUGAUUGGAGGAGUUUUUAUACAAGGUAAACGCUAUAAUCUGGCUGAUGUGUCUGCUGCUCUCUGCAUGAGUCUGGGACUCAUCUGGUUUACGCUAGCCGACAGUACAGUGGCGCCCAACUUCAACGUCACAGGUGUUCUCCUCAUCUCCCUGGCACUGUGUGCAGACGCCGCCAUUGGAAACGUGCAGGAGAAAGCCAUGAAACUCCAUAAUGGCUCCAACUCUGAAAUGGUGCUGUACUCGUACUCCAUCGGUUUUGUCUACAUACUGACAGGUCUGCUCUGUGUGGGUGGGCUGGGGCCAGCAGUGGCAUUCUGCUCAGAGCAUCCUGUGAAGACAUACGGUUAUGCAUUCUGCUUCUCUCUUACGGGUUAUUUUGGCAUCUCCUUCGUGCUGGCCUUGAUCAAGCUCUUUGGUGCCCUGGUUGCAGUGACAGUGACCACCGGGCGAAAGGCCAUGACUAUCGUACUUUCCUUCAUGUUCUUCGCAAAACCUUUCACUUUUCAGUACAUUUGGGGUGGCCUUCUGGUGCUCUUUGGCAUCUUCUUGAAUGUUUACAGUAAAAACAGAGAGAAAAUGAAGCUUCCCUCCAUCAAGGACCUCAAGAACUGGCUGCUGACAGGAAAGAAAGUCCGAUUUCUCUCACAAAAUGUAUAGGAGGCACCCACAGGUGUAGCGGAAGUCCUGUACUGGCAGACUGUACGUCUGUUCAGAUAGAGUUGGCCCACCUGUUUCAGGCAAUGUGCUGAAGCCCGAGCUACGAGCCUCAUCACCACCAACAUUGAGCCAAGGAUGGGUAUACGGAGUCUGACCACCAAUCAGCCUCAGAAACAGCUGGCACACAAUUAAACUACGAUGGGCGAUAGAGUCGCUGUAUCCGUCUCUAUCUACCAGUACACCACUGGUGUAGAACUUAUUCAAACUCUCAGCAAACUAAAGGAACUGUAACUAUUUUUUACAAGGGGAUCAAUGCUAGUGGGCUCUUCUAAAGCAAUGCUUCAGAGCCCCACAGAAACAUUUCCACCAUGGAGGACAACACUUAGGACUUUUAGGACUCUCUAAAGGGAAGCCAGCGCCUUGGCUAACCAAAUCGCACAGUUUUGCACUGGAAAUGACUUGUACACUUAAACCUUUGAGUGGUUGGGGGACCUGAAAUGUUGGAAGAAAAAGAGCACAGAGCGACAUGUUAACCUGUCAUGUCUGAAAUUAAUGUUUGUCCCCCACCUUUAAAGAAAAAAUACAUAUACAUCGAUAAAACGGCAUAUUUGCACCUGCAUGUGCCAGAAAGACAAAACAGAACUUAGUUUUACAUAAUCACUGUCUUGAUAAAAGUGGCUUUUUUCAUAGUUGGUCAUUUCUAUCUGAACAUGCUUUAAGUCUGAAGUCCCUAAAAUGUGGGAUCUGUGUGAUCAUAUGGUGACAUUUUGGGGAAUAUGGAGACAUUUGUUCCUGUGUACAUCAAUACAUCAAAAAUGUAAACUGCCAUAAUUUGCUAACCAUGUGUUUGGGUGAAAGGUUACCAUUCUUUUUACAUUAAAACAAACUGAGAUGUUUCUCUUCAA